AUGGCCGACCUGAAGUGCGUGUCUCCUUGCAGGCGGCUGGUGGAUCCAGAGGACCAGCUGGGUGACAUCCGGUCGGACUCGGUGCCGUCAGAGGUUCGGGACUGGCUGGCUUCCACUUUCACCCGGCAGACGGCUGUGAUGCUGCGCCGUAACGAGGACAAGCCACGCUUCCGCAGCAUCGUUCAUGCAGUGCAGGCCGGCAUCUUUGUGGAGAGGAUGUACAGACGGACCUCCAACAUCGUCGGUCUUAGUUAUCCCCAAGAUGUCAUCACUGUUCUUAAGCAUGUGGACAUGUGGUCUUUUGAUGUGUUUGCACUGAACGAUGCUAGUGGGGACCACGCUCUGAAAUGUGUCUUCUAUGAGCUAUUCACCAGAUAUGACUUGAUCAACCGUUUCAAGGUCCCUGGUUGUGCCCUCAUAUCCUUCGUGGACUCGUUGGAAGUGGGCUACAGCAAACACAAGAAUCCCUUUCACAACCUGACGCAUGCGGCUGAUGUCACACAGACCAUUCAUUACCUGCUCCUCAAGACCGGCAUGAUGCACUGGCUCAGUGAGUUGGAGAUCUUUGCCAUCAUUCUUGCAGCUGCCAUUCAUGACUACGAGCACACAGGGACCACCAAUAACUUCCAUAUUCAGACAAGGUCAGACACCGCCAUGUUGUACAAUGACCGAGCUGUUCUGGAGAACUACCACGUCAGUGCUGCAUAUCGCCUUCUACAGCACAGUGAUGACAUGAACAUUCUGUCUAAUCUCUCCAAAGACGAGUGGAGAGAGCUUCGGGCUCUGGUGGUGGAGAUGGUGUUGUCCACAGACAUGUCCUGCCACUUCCAGCAGAUCAACGGGAUGAAAAGCCACCUGCAGCAACAUGAGGCGCCCGACAAAGCAAAGGCCUUGUCCCUGCUACUGCACACUGCUGACAUCAGCCACCCUGCCAAACGCUGGGACCUCCAUCAUCGCUGGACCACAUCCCUUCUGGAGGAGUUCUUUAGACAGGGGGAUAAAGAAGCGGAGCUGGGUCUACCGUUCUCUCCUCUCUGUGACCGCAAACCCACCACGGUGGCACAGUCUCAGAUUGGAUUCAUUGACUUCAUGGUGGAACCAACAUUUACAGUGCUGACAGAAAUGAUGGAGAAAACUGUGACUCCGCUUGUUGAGGAGGCAUCGCGAUCUGGAACGGCUGCCUUCAGACGCUGGAGUGACCACAGUGUCAGUGGCAGUGAUGGAAAGAGGUCCAGUGUGAAGAGUACAGGCUCAGAGGGCAGCUGCUCUCUGACCACGGUGGACUUCAAGGGCUUCAAGGUCACAUGGAACAAGGAGAUUCACCACAACAGGGAGACG